AUGGCCGCCAUGGAGCUCGUCAUCCUGUCCUCGUCUCCCCGAGGCCCGGCUGACUUCGUUGUCACGCCGCCAGGAAGGCAGCAGAGCGCUCCGCUCUCAGUUCCUACCUCUCCGCUAGACUUACCUUCACUACCGGAGCUGAUAAAGCGGAAGCCGGGCGGUGCACUGAAGAGCGCACCGCGAGCUGCGCGGCUGCCCGAAGGCGCGACUUCGGGGGUUGCGAGCGCCGUCAGCAUGACCAGGGAACGCCGCUUGAGCCUCACUCCACCAGAAGAAAGGGCGAAGAAGGAGUCGGUGUGGGAUGUUCCGUGCGACCAUGGGGCUGGGAUGGCCGAUGUGCCGGUUAAGAAGGCUGCAAAGCGAGCUGCGAAGCCAAAGGCGGAGGGUGAACCCGUGCCGAAAAAGCCGAGAAAAUCCAGGGCAAAGUCCGCCAAAAUGGCGACUGUGGGAGAGGAGGUCGAGAAGCCAGGAGCUCCGGUUGAGUCAAAUGUAACGGAGCCGGCAGACAAGGCAGAGGCUGCAGCGAGCCACAUUGCGCAGGAUGAUGCGCCCGUUCCUACGAAGACGAAGAGGGCGGCUAAGCCCAGAGCGAAGAAGGAGAAGGAGAAAGACGAGACGCAGACCAAGCUCAAGAAGGGCAGAGUCACGAAGCCGAGAGCCAGUAAAAAGCCUGAAACAGAGGAGGGCGCGGCAGCAGCAUCGGCGCCCAAAAAGAGAAAGAAGACGAGCAAAGUAUCCGAACACUUCGUGAUUGCUGAGGUAGAUAACGAGCGUCUGGCUAUAGAUCAGCAAGGAGUAGCUACUGAGGAGGGGUUGGUAAUUGAAGAAGCCAUCAGGCGGAGGAUGGACUGGACGCCUCCGAAAGACACAAAACUGGUGGAGCCCGAGCCCACGGAACCUCAUAAGGAGGUAUUGCCUGUGUGUAUAUCUCAGGAGCCUCCAAGAUACAAAUUUGCCGCCUUAAUGACCGACUUCGCAUACGGCCCCGGUAUUGCCGAUAUCCCGGCUAUAUCUCCGACGCGAGAGCCGUCUGGAGAAGCCUCGACGAAGCGGCGGCGAAUCGAGCUUAUCGAUCCCGUUUUGCCAAUUCAGAGCCUCCCGCCGUCUGCGCAGGCUGAACCCUCUCCAGCCAAAAAAACGAAGCAACCGAAAAAGAAGGCGAGAACCAUCACGGAUCUGGCAAUGGCCCAGUAUAAACCCCUCGACCCAAUCACUGCGGACGCUCCAACGAUCUCCGCCUUCUUCGCGCCUCGUCUGGAUAGCACCGAAGACAAGCCAGUUGUGCAAGACGCUCCCGACGUCGCUAAGACGAAGUCUCGUAAAAGAGCACCACGGAGUAAAUCACCGGUCAAAGGCGGCGCCAAAGUCAAGAAGCCCGCCGCCAAAAAGAAGAAAAAAGUGGAGCUCGUGAAACCCACCCUCCUUUCUCCAAUAUCCGCUAUGCAUAAGAUGAGUCACCAAGAUAUCCUCUUUGGCACUUCGAGUCAGCUUACGCGAGAGGAUUCGCCGACGUUUGUUCGAGACCUGCAACAAGCUAUCCGAGAGUCGGAAGCCUCCGUUGAUGCUGAACUGGUUUCUAAGGUCGCGCCGGUGAGUGUGGGCAGUAGUUUGGCGCUCGUCAGGGCCAGCCGUGGUUUGUGGUCUGCUGCCACGAGAAGCUUCGACGAUGAUCUUUUGGCUGCUGAGGAGCGCAGCGCAUUAGAGAACCUUCCAGUCAAUGACCAUCUGUCAGCCGAGGAAGCACUAGAGGCGGCCAUGAUCGAGCGGGAGGUUGUCGAGAUUGAGGACACCGAGGCCGGCUCGGUCGUAUUGGAGACUUACAGCGCGAACGGCGUUGAGGAUCAAAUCACCCAAGAGCAGGCAAUGAAACAUCAAACUCACGACUCGACAUUGAUUGGUAUUGUCGAAGAGCAACCGCCACCAGAUGUCCAAGACAACGAUUGGACAAUCUUGAGUGAUGGCAAGCCGGGCACAGUGCUUUCUGUACCUACAACUGUAGAGCCUGAUGGACCCAUCUCUCCUUUACCGAAACCUCCGCCCGAAACCGAUCGCGCUCCUACGCAGGAAGUAAAUCUCCGAUACGGAGUGUCGCAAACAAAACCACACAAAGCGAAUGCAGAUACGCAGAACAGACUAUCAGUCCUCCAAGAACGUGUCGUGCUACAGCCUUUGCCAGUGAAUGUAAGCGCACCCAAACCACUUUCAUCUAAAGCAGAGGCCAAGCGCGCACUUGAGUCAGUUCCGCCUUCGAAGGGUCUCGCAUCGACGGCACCAAUCAGCGCUAUCAGAACAGAUGUUCCCACCGAGCCGCAGCCGGAGCCCACGAAGCGGCCUCGAGGACGUCCCCGCAAGACUCCUCUGCCCGACUCAGCCGAAGCCGCGCCCACAAGAAAGCGGACUAAGACGACAGCUGUGCUGCCAGAUCCACCCGUCACACCUAAGAAGUUCAGGAAAAGAGACAGCGAGUGGACCAACAUCGACGAAAUCGAAGACUCGGAACAAGACUUCACGCCCUCCCCACCCCGCCGCGUGACUUCUCCCGCCUCACCUCCGCUCCAACUAAUCCCGCCAGCGCCUCCUGAACCUCCUGCGCUUAGCUCUACCGUCCCCACCGCCGCCCAGACUACAAACGGCAAACCCGACCCCGCAUCUCUCUGCGCCCACCUCUUCCCCCUCAUCACCCGUCUAGUCAAAACCGCGCCCGACACAACCGACCCCCGGCUACCAAGCUGGCACGAAAAGAUGCUGCUCUACGACCCCAUCGUGCUGGAGGACCUGACGGCGUGGCUUAAUGCGCAGGGGCUUAGGGCGCCGGGGAAGAGGGGCAAGGAUGGGGCUGAGAAGGUGGAGGAGCUCAAGCCGUGGGUUGUGCAGAAGUGGUGCGAGGAGAUGAGUGUGUGUUGUCUUUGGAGGGAGGGGUUGAGGGGGGGUGUGAAGAAUAAAUACUAA